CGGAAGCAUUUUUUGGAUCGCUAAGUAUAUCCGGUUUGUGGUUCGUGCUAAAAUAAGGUGAAGUCCUUCAUUUUUUUCUUCGGACAAACCGUUUUAAUGAUCUUUGAAUUAUAGCCCUGGGUCUUUGUUUCUGGACUACUUUGGACAUUCUGACGGUGGAGGUGAUCUAUUCAUCUGGACGCUGAGAAGAAAUGUCAUCAAUCUGGAGUCUGAGGCCGGCACUGGUGAAAGCAUCCCAGCUGGCCUCCGUCUGGUCCGCCCCCCUCCUUUCCAGAACAAUGGCCACCCUCAACCAGAUGCACCGGCAGGGGAAGCCUAAAAAGCCCCCUAAGACACUGGGACCCACGUUCGGCUGCCCACAGCUCAAAGCCGUUGUCUUAAAGACGAUGAUCCGAAAACCCAAGAAGCCCAACUCAGCCAACAGGAAAUGUGCUCGGGUACGGUUGUCUAACGGAAAGGAGGCAGUGGCGUUCAUCCCUGGGGAGGGACACAACCUGCAGGAACACAAUGUGGUUCUGGUUGAGGGUGGGAGGACACAAGACCUCCCUGGAGUCAAACUCAAAGUGGUCAGAGGCAAAUAUGACUGUGCUCAUGUGGUAAAGAAGAAACAGUGAUGGAGGUGGACACUUGAGGGGGUGUGUGUGGAUAUUACAGAAUAAACUAUGAUAUGACUGUG